ACAAAAAGAAAUGAACAAAAAGCGAGCUUCGAUUGCCUUUGCAUCACUUUGUUUGAUCGCGACUUUAAAAGCGUGGAAAAAAAAUAAAUGCUUGAAAAGAAAUAAAAAGCAAUGGUGGAUUCGUCCAGGGCUCAGACACAGGGCCACCAGUGGUUUCUACUCCACACUGCGUUUUAAACUACGUCAGCAGAAUCCUCAAUGGUUUAACAAUUUUGUGCGAAUGAGCUGUGAAGACUUUGACUACCUGGUGGAGCAUCUCACACCAUACAUUGGCAAGAGCAAUACCCGAUUCAGGAAAGCAAUUUCAGUCGGCGAAAGACUCGCCGUAACUUUACGGUAUCUGGCUACAGGAGAUAGCUUUUCAAGUUUAAUGACGGUUUUUCUUAUUGGUAAAACUACAAUAUGCCACAUAGUACAUGAAACAUGUGCUGCUAUUUUUACAGCAUUGAAAGAUAAGUUUUUAAAGGUCCCAAAUACCCCUGGACAAUGGGCAGAAGUAGCAGAUCAAUUUGCAAAGCGUUGGAACUUUCCAAACUGUUGUGGUGCUUUGGACGGUAAGCACAUAAUGAUACAGGCACCUGCUAACUGUGGCUCCGAAUACUUUAAUUAUAAAAAAUUCAAUAGUAUUGUUUUAAUGGCUUUGGUGGACGCAGAAUAUAAGUUUCUUUUUGUAGAAGUUGGAGCAUACGGCCGCGAAUCUGAUGGAGGUGUUUUCGCAAGAUGCACGCUUUCAACUGCUCUUGCUGACAACACUAUUAAUUUUCCACCCCGCAGACCACUACCGAAUGAGGCAGAUCCAAUGCCAUUUGUCAUUAUUGCAGACGAUGCCUUUCCGCUGAAACCAUACAUUUUGAAACCAUUCUCUUAUCGUGAACAAGUAAUGUCGCAUAAAAUAUUUAACUACAGAUUAUCACGAGCAAGAAACGUGGUUGAAAAUGUGUUUGGCAUAUGCGCGGCACGGUUCAGGAUCCUUAGAAGGCCAAUGGAUGUUAAACCUGAGAACGCAAAGACCAUCGUUCUAGCAAUUUGUGUUAUACAUAACUUUUUAAUAUCAACAAACUCAUCCUAUUUAACUAGAACCGACACUGACAAUGAAAUAAACGGAGAGUUAGUGGCGGGUAAUUGGCGAUUAGAACUUGGACCAAACGGAAAGCUAAUUUCACUUCGUGCAAGUACCACUCUGGAUAGGCCAGCAGAUGAUGCAAUAAAUGUUCGAGCUGCUUUUAUGGAGUAUUUUAUGACACCGUAUGGAGAAGUCCCAUGGCAAUAUAAUAGAACGAUUAUUCACAACUCAUUUUAAAAGUCAGUAACUUCGCUUAGAUGA